AUGAUCGCCAUGAUGUUUACCGGCCUCGAGCGCUUCCGUCGCCGCAAGUGGGGGAAGGAGUGGGGCGGACACUCCAUCUUUGUCAAGGUGCACAAGCUCUGGGUGCCCGUGCUCGUGCUCCUCUGGACCCACAGCAAGGCCUUCUGGGCGUACUCGCUCUUCCCGAUGGGACUGAUCCUCGUCGACAAGCUCAUCGGCCGCCUGCGCGGCAAGGAGCCGGUCGAGCUGCUGCGCGCGGUCUCGCCGACCAAGGACGUGCUGCACCUGACGAUGCGCCUCGCGAGCGGGCGCCGCUUCAAGUUCCAGGCGGGCCAGUACAUCUUCCUGCAGGCGCCGGGCAUCUCCGCGGAGUGGCACCCAUUCACGCUCUCCUCCUCUCCGGAGGAGCGGACCUUCUCCCUCCACAUCCGGAGCGGCCGCACACUGCUCGCUCCCCCCCCUGCACAACUAAGCCCAUGGCCGACCCCCCCCCCCCAGCAGCAGCGCUCUGCUGCUGGGGGGGGGGGGUACCGAGCAAUGUGCGGCCGCUCCCGGUGCCGGUCCGACAUGGACUGGACCUACGCGCUGCGGCAGAUGCUGCUCCCGGAGGAGGGCGGGCGAGCAAAGACGUUCUCCCGGCCGGGGACGCUGGUGUCGGCGACCAGCCAGUUCGCCAACGACGACCCGGGCAAGAGCCGCGCCAUCUCGAUCCCGCACACGCUCUUUGUGGACGGCCCGUACGGCAGCGCGAGCGAGGAGGUAUUUCACUUCGAGGUGAUGGUGCUCGUGGCGGCCGGGAUCGGCGUCACCCCCUUCGCCAGCAUCCUCAAGACGCUGGCCAAGCAGGCCCGGGAGGAUCGCCUCGAGUCGCCGCUCAAAAAGGUCGUCUUCUACUGGAUCUGCCGCGACGAUCGCGAGUUCCUCUCCUUCAAAGACGUGCUCGUCGACAUCCUCGAGGACACGAGCCUCGCGGGCAUCUUUGAGCUGAAUACGUACAUUACGGGCGAGGUCAACCUCAAGUCUGUCUCGGCGGACGAGAAGUACAACCAGUAUGCGGGCCGGCCAAACUGGAACCGCAUCGGCCAAAGCAUCGGCGACAGCUUCCCGACCAGCGACGUCGGCGUCUUCCUCUCCUCUGCGGGCCAAACGCCAUCGGGAAGCAGCUGGCGGCGAUGACCAGCAAGAUGAACAAGUCGGACACCACCCGGCGCUUUGUGCUCCACAAGGACUCCUUCUGAGCGGCGCGCCACUGGCGCGCGCCGCGGUCGACCACAGCUGCGCCCCCUACAGUGAGAGAUGCCUCAGUACCAACUUCGUACAUGCAUAUAGUGUUCAAUAAUUAUAGCGCGUGCCUCGGACUCGGCGUGUCCCUCCGGGGCGGAGGGGUUAGGAGAGAGGGUGAGUGCAUCCUCUCGGUUUUUGGGGCUCCAUUUUUCCUUUUCACUUGA